AUGGCUUCACCUGGAGAAGCAGCACCGGACAGUGUGGUCCACGAAGAAGCCGUCUCGCCACCACCGGCCAACGACAGCACCGCAAUGGAAGCAAUCGAUGCGAGUCGACCCGACGAAAAGCCUGCCGCUACCGAAGACGACGCCGUAAACGACAGCGACGAAGCAGCACAGCUUGCCGAUCUCGGUGCCGGCGUACGCGAUCAAGAUGACCUCGAAAGAGCCAUCGGACAGCAAGCGGAUCAGCUGUUGAUCGAGCAGGCAGACGAGCGCGACAAGAAGCGUCUCGAGAAGACGCAGAAGGACAGAGAUCGUCUACUCGGGCAGGUGAAGGCUCUUGAGAAGAAGGUGGGCGAUUUCGGCGUGGGUGCCAUCGCCAGGAAGAAGCACAAGGAGGAGAUCGAGCAUUACACAGCACAGAUCAAGACACUGGAUGUAGACUUGGAGCAAAUACAGCGACGCAUGGCGGAGCGCGCGAAGAACGGAGAGGAGGCAGAGCAGCACAACACGGAAGAUGCUGCCAACAAGAGGCUACCUGGCGAGAGCCAGCGUGAGUUUCUCAUCCGCACGGGCAAGAUCACGCCCUUCUCAAAGAUGGGCCGGCAGUUAUUGAAGACCUCAUCGAGUUUAGGAGACGUGCUGCUGGACGCUGAAGAGGAGGGCGAUCAGCCGGAGGAAGAUGUUGAGGCUGCGGAGCAGGAAGAGGCUGGAAAGCCUGGUCCUGUGUCGCAUCGCAAUCUACUUGCGCCUGGGUUUGAGCAGGACGACUCUUCCGCGGCCGUCAAUACCGCUGGUGACACCGAUGGUGAUGCAGAACUAGCACGGAAGUUGCAGGAUGAAGAGUUUGCCACUUCAGGUCGGCCUACCAAGCGAAGGAGGCUGCAGUCAACGCGGCAAGCGCGAGCUGCAUCGGAAGACACAAGCACGCCGGCCGCUGAUGAGUCCGAUACGUUCGAACCUGACCCCGUGGACGCUGGACCAGCGAGUGACGAAGAUGCGAUGCCAGACGGCGAAGAAGUCAUCGCUACAACGCCGGGCAUCAGGCGCAAAGGCAAGGGUAAGCGGUCGGCGACGAAGCGAGCAGCUGCAGAGUACGAGGAAGAAGAUCAGGAAGAUCUCGCUGGUAUAGAUGAUGGAAACGAGCAGGUAUACCAAGCGCGCCUGCAGAGCUGGGUGAGACGGCGAAGCGCUGCGCGGCGGAAGGCCAAAGGCCGCCAGGGUAGCGCUGAACCAGACGAAGCUGUUCCUGAAACGGAAGAUGAUGGAGAAGAGUGGACUAUGCCGCACCCGAGCCGGACAGAUGCGGAGUUUGAGGGUGGAUACCGGAUACCGGGCGACAUCUACCCCUCGCUUUUCGACUACCAGAAGACCGGCGUGCAAUGGCUGUGGGAGCUAUACUCGCAGCAAGUCGGCGGCAUCAUCGGCGACGAGAUGGGACUAGGCAAGACCAUCCAGGUGAUAGCCUUCCUUGCCGGCUUACACUAUUCGGGAAAGCUCAAGAAGCCGAUCAUCAUCGUCUGUCCGGCCACAGUGAUGAAGCAGUGGGUCAAUGAGUUCCAUCGCUGGUGGCCACCUCUGCGUGUUUCGAUCCUGCACACGUCUGGUAGCGGCAUGCUUGAUGUGAAGCGAGAAGCGCGGAUCGAGGAUGAGCUCGAGGAUGACAACUACAGUCGGCGCAGCACACAGAGCAAAGGCCACAAGUCUGCGAAGCGCAUUUUGGACAGAGUCGCCCGAGACGGCCACGUGCUGGUGACCACUUACUCCGGCCUUCAGACAUAUGCUGAGCUACUGAUACCAACGGAUUGGGAAUAUGCUGUGCUGGACGAAGGUCACAAGAUCCGGAAUCCCAACACAGCAAUCACUAUCUACUGCAAGGAGCUCCGCACUCACAACCGUAUCAUUCUGUCCGGUACGCCAAUGCAGAACAACUUGACUGAGCUGUGGAGUCUGUUCGACUUCAUCUUCCCGAUGCGACUUGGUACGUUGGUGAACUUUCGGAACCAGUUCGAGAUACCCAUCAAGCAGGGCGGAUAUGCCAAUGCUUCAAACCUGCAGGUCGAGACGGCGAUGAAGUGCGCGGAAACGCUGAAAGACACUAUCUCGCCGUACCUGCUGCAGCGAUUCAAGGUCGAUGUCGCCACUGACCUGCCAAAGAAGAGCGAACGGGUACUCUUCUGCAAGCUCACGAAGCUGCAGCGUGAUGCCUACGAGUGGUUCCUCGCCUCUGAAGAGAUGAAGUCCAUCAUGGCCGGCAAACGACAAGCGCUCUACGGUGUCGACAUCCUACGCAAGAUCUGCAACCAUCCGGAUCUGGUCGAGCACCGGACAUUGUCUAAGAAGAGCGGUUAUGUCUACGGCAGCGGUCACAAGAGCGGGAAGAUGCAAGUCGUCAAAGCCUUGCUCGAGACUUGGAAGAAGCGUGGCCAUAAGACGCUGCUGUUCGCACAGCACCGCAUCAUGCUCGAUAUCUUGGAGAAGUUCAUCCAGAACAUGGAUGGCUUUCGUUAUGUGCGCAUGGACGGCAGCACCAAUAUCAAGGAUCGACAAGACCUGGUGGACGACUUCAACCGUGAUCCAGACCUGCAUGUUUUUCUGCUCACUACCAAAGUCGGUGGUCUUGGUGUCAACUUGACUGGUGCGGACCGUGUGAUUAUCUAUGACCCGGAUUGGAACCCUUCCACAGAUGUACAAGCCCGUGAGCGAGCCUGGCGGCUUGGCCAAAAGCGUGAGGUCGAGAUCUACCGGCUCAUGACUGCUGGUACAAUUGAGGAGAAGAUCUACCAUCGACAGAUCUUCAAGCAAUUCUUGACAAACAAGAUCUUGCGGGAUCCGAAGCAGAGGCAGACAUUCCAGUUGAAAGAUCUGCACGACCUCUUCACACUCGGCGACGCUAUGCCUGACGGACAGACUGAGACCGGCAUGGUCUUCAAAGGCACAGAAGUCCAGCUUUCAAAAGGCCGAGAAGAGCGUGGCCUGCCCACACCACCCGAGGAUCAGACUGCAUCGAACAGACCACAAUUCGACGAUGUCACCGGCAUCUCACGACAAGAAGAGUUCCGCACCGGCGACGAAGACGACACCGCCGAAGGCCCUGCGUCAGCCGAGGCCUCCACCAAAGACGACCGCAUGCUCUCCUCCAUAUUCGCCCGCACCGGCGUGCAGAGCGCCCUCGAACACGACGCCAUCAUCAACGGCCGCAAGACCGUCCGUGCCGACCCCGAGAUAAUCGCCCGCGAAGCCCGCCGUGUCGCCUCCCAAGCCGCCAAGGAGCUCCAGCGAGCCGGCGAAGUCGCGCGAACGAUUCCAGCAGGUGUACCGACAUGGACGGGCGUCGUGGGCUCAGCAGGACGUCCUGAGUUCCCACCACCUGCUUCUCGCCGGGGUGGUGCAUCCGCUCGCGGCCGCGGCGGUCCCUCUUCUGCAAGCGUCCUUGCGAACCUCGCUGCCCGCCAGCCCGUCUCGUCCCCUGCAGCUUCGUCUUCGCGCACCGCGAACGCGCGCUCAGAUCGCCACCCCAAGGGCAAAGACUUCUUGAUCCUGAUACGGGAUUACUUGGUUGCGCAGGGUGGCAAGGCAUACACGCAGAUGCUUAUCGAUCACUUCAAUCGCUUUUGCCGGACGGAGCAGCGCACGGCGGAGUUCAAGGAGAUGUUGAAGGCGAUUGCGACGUUGGAGAAAGGCGGGAGGGGGAGGGGGAUGUGGGUGCUCAAGGAGGAGUAUAAGCCGGGGAAUGUUGCGCAGUAG